GAGUGACUUUACCAGGGAAGGCUCAGAAAAAAAAUGUCUUCUUCUUCUGCCGGAGAAGUCACAACAGCAAAUGACAUCAAGAGGGAAAAUGUGAAGGAGGUGGAUACGCGGGAGUGCAUCAAGCUUGUGGCGCUGGACGCGGCGGAGUUGUCCAUGGAGCGCACGACUCCCAGCGCCGAGGCGGUGCGCACGGAGCUGCUGGUGAGCGCCGCUUCCUCUCUGGCUUUCUCCCCGGAGCAAGUGGCCUGCGUCUGCGAGGCAUUACAGCAGGGAGGCAACGUGGACCGGCUGGCCAGGUUCCUGUGGUCCCUGCCACAGAGCGACCUGCUCCGCGGCAACGAGAGCAUCCUGAAGGCGCAGGCGCUCGUCGCUUUCCACCAGGCUCGGUACCAGGAGCUGUACAGCGUUCUGGAGAACCACAGCUUCAGUCCGUCCAACCACACCUUCCUGCAGGACCUGUGGUACAAGGCCCGGUACACCGAGGCGGAGAAGGCGCGGGGGAGACCCCUCGGCGCCGUGGACAAGUACCGGAUCCGGAGAAAGUAUCCUCUCCCCAGGACUAUCUGGGACGGCGAGGAGACUGUUUAUUGUUUCAAGGAGAGGUCGAGAAACGCGCUGAAGGAUCUGUAUAAUCAGAAUAGGUAUCCAUCUCCGGCCGAGAAAAGAAACCUGGCCAAGAUAACAGGACUCUCCUUGACCCAGGUCAGCAACUGGUUCAAGAACAGAAGACAGAGAGACAGAAAUCCGUCUGAAGCACAAUCCAAAAGUGAAUCUGAUGGCAAUCACAGCACAGAGGAUGAGUCGAGUAAAGGCCAAGAGGAGCUGUCUCCUCGCCCUCUCUCCAAUUCCUCAGAUGGGGUCAUCACCCAUGGGACCCUUCCCAUUCAGACAGGGCCUCUGGACAGCGGGGUGGUCAUCCAGCAGAUCGGGGACAUCAAGAUGCCCCCCGGCUCCAGCAGCGGUGGCCUCUACAACGGAAACCUCGUGACCAGUAACACGUCCACUGUGUUCCACAACGGCGGCUCGUCUUACCUCCACUCACCUGGAAACAUCCUCUUCAACGGGCUCAACCUGGGCAUCCAGCCGCUGGCCUUCAACCCCCUGAGGCCGUCCGGAGGGGUGCUGCUGGGCGGCUCCGGGGCGGACAUGCAGAUGCAGGCGGGGCAGGAAAAGGGACUGGGCAGCGGCGAGGAGCCGGCGCUGCAGUACGCCUCCUACUCCGGCUGCGUCAACGGGGCGGAGGUGAAGCUGGAGGAGGCUCACACCAUGGCGGCCCAGAACGGAGGCUCCUCCGUGCUGACGUUCAGCUCCCCGUCAGGCGCCCUGCAGCUGGGGGGCUACAGCCUGGUCCAGGUACCGAGCGGAGUCUCCGACAGCGAUGGCAGCUCAUUACUCAACAGCGAUGUAGGUCUUCCUCCUCUCCAGCUCUCUUCUGCCUCCUCUUCCUCAACAAUUACACAACAAGGUACCAUGGCUCUGAAUAAUGUAGCAGUGAGCUCCUCCAGCGACGACUCCUUCCAGCAGCAGCAGGACAAGCUGAGCAUGACGCCCCUGCACCACAGCACCGUCCUCUACAGCAUGAGCGGCGCCAGCCAGCCCUCCAUCAAGAAGGAGCCCCUGGAGGGCGGCGUCUUCUCCUCGUACCACCACGGGCUCCACCUGGACCCCAGCGGUCAGAUCGGCUACGCCACGCCCAGCUCGGAGGAGAUCUCCUCCAGCCGGGGCCCCGCCCCCGCCGCCGAGGUCGCCGCCAUCGCCUCGUCCAGCCCCGAGCCGGAGGUCUACACCACCCUCACCGUCAGCACGCCGCUGAUGGCGCAGACGGAGCCCGGCAGCCAUCACCUCCAGCCCUCCGAGUACCUCGGGGGCCACGAGGUGCGAGGGGCCCCGCCCUCGCACCUGAUGGGCCCCGGCAUGAACAGCAGCUACAUGAGCCUGUCGGAGAGCAAGGCGGACGGCUCGGCCUCGGGCGGCAUGAACGACAUGGUGCGGGCGAUGUGCGGGGAGAUGGAGGCGGCCGAGGGCAAGGAGCUGGCGAAACUACAGACAGUGCAGAUGGACGAGGACAUGGCCGACCUUUAACCUCUGACCUCCCCAUUCGCAGAAGCACUCGAACAGUCAGAACUUUUUACUUUUGUGUGCGCGUGUUGUUGUUUUUUUUUUUUGUUUUUUUGUCAAAGCAUCCAUUUCCUUUAUAUGUUAAAUUAUUUGCAUUCAUUGAGUUUUACGAUGCACUCGAGUGGGUGGGGAGCGCCAGAUCAGUUUAUCAUGAAAAGUUU